AUGUUCAAUGUUGAUGACCAUGGCAAACAAGCAAAAGUAACUCCAUCCCUGGUAAAUUGCAUUUGCAUGUGGGUUCAAGCGGCACUCGGAUCUGGGCGGGAUCGGGCAAAUGCAGUUCUCCCAGUGCCCCCAAAGUCGAUGGAGUUAAUAAAGCAACGAGAGCGGAGGCUGGGAGAUAAAUCCAAUGGCCGGGCCGCCUUGAACAGCCGCUUAACAGCCACCCCACAAUAUCGACGAAAUGUGAUAUCAUCGUACCCACUCAGCACCAUGUGA